AUGGAUAGAAAUGCUACCCGCCGCAAAAAGUAUGCAGAAAUGCCACCAUUGAAAAAAAAGGAACUUCUGCAACGACGAAGAGAAAAUAGAUCUGCCAAGAAAAAAGAUGCACGUUUACUCCCGCGUAUUCGCAAGGUUCCUCUUGGUUAUAUAGAAUCAGGUGUUUCUUUCCCUGAUUCGCAUCAUGAAAAAUUUGAUUGUGCGAAUGACCCUUCUAUGCAUAGUGAAAUGUUAGGAAGCGAAGCAUUGAAGAGCGGUCAUGACAGUGCCGUUACUGAGGCGUUGCAAUAUAUGUCCUCUCGCGAGUCUGCUUCUUUUGUUCCUCAUGUUCAUUUUGCUUCCACUACUGAAAUAGCAAAUGACAUGCGAAAUGCAAGUGUUUUUCAGAUCACCUUCACUCCCCUACCUACUGGUUCCUGUGUUAGCAUUUCAAUUCUUUGUAAAUGGGUGCAUCUUCAUUUACAAUCUGCAGAGUUUCCGCUUGCUGCUAAGGCUGAUCUUAGGAACUGCAAAGGAAAAUUUCUUCCAGAAAAAAGAAAAAAUUUGACCCUCUCUUCUUCUUCUAUUGAACCUGAUUUCUGUCUGCCUAGGAGAAAAAUUAGGAACUCUGUGCCUGUGGCGUUGCAUGAACGACCAGACAAUUGCUUUGAUCGUUCUCAUAACGUCAUCCAAGAUCUUAACUCUACCAAAGAGGAUUUGCUUAUGAACUGUCUUUUUGAAAAUUCAAUAGAAUAUUGCUCUUCUGACCAUGUUUCUGUGAACUCUGAAAAAUUUUAUCCCUUCAGAGCUACUGUUCAUGUAGAUCCAUUUCGACAACAAAAAAAUGCAUCUAUUGAGGAGCAAAAUUUUAUGCUUAGAUCUGCUUGCUCUGUUCCUGUGAUGUCGAUUGACAGGACCACCAGUUCUUCUCAUCUUUUUGAAAACGUUGUUAAGUACUCUCCUUUGGCCAAAGUUUAUAUGCAAUUUGGUCAGCCGUUGUCUCCUUUCGCUUAUGAGCACCAAAGAUACCAUUGUGAAAAAAAUGUACCAUCCUCUGAGAACACAGCUUUCAAAACAGCUUCUACAUCUCAAGAAACCACCUCUGUUCAGGUCAGCCGCUCUACCGAUUCUGUUGAAAAAAAUGAUUCAGUCAUGACUGCAACAGAAAAUGCCCGCUCUUCUGCCUUCUCAUGUAAGACACAGCCUUUUACUCGAGAACGUUGUUCUCGACGCCGUGUGAGAAAGCAGGCUCUGGCUGCACCUAAAAGGGGGAGGCAGCGAUGCAUUUUUCCAAUCACUGAAAUCCCGCAUGAAGCUUUGACUCUUCCAGAUGCUCCUGAUUGUGAGCACUGUGGAGUCAAGAGGUUCCAUUUAGAACCUCCUAACUUUUGCUGCUCUGGGGGAGAGAUUUUGAUUGUGGCUCCAUCUAUGCCUUAUGAUCUUAAACGCCUAUUUAUCGAAAAUGAUGAGGAAAGCGCUCAUUUUAGAAAUAAUGUUAGGACCUAUAAUAGCAACUUGGGAUUCACAUCCUUCGCUGCAAGAUAUGAUCCAGAGCUGACCAAGAACACGAAAGGUGUUUACACUUUUUGUGUUCAGGGUCAGGUCUACCACUUUCUUAAUAGUUUACAGCAGUCAAGCGAAAAACCUUCUAGAAUUCAGUUUUACUUUUUUGAUUCUGAUGAGGAAUUAGCAAUAAGGGUUGGAAGUUCUGAUAAGUUGCGUAAAGGCACUUUAAAAUUACUUAUGCGUAUCCUGUCGAACAAUCCUUAUGCUAAAUUCUUUAAGAAUCUUAGGAAUGUCCCAAACAUUGACAGCUAUAAGAUUGUUUUGAAUUGUUAUCCUGAUUUAGACCAACGCGUCUAUAACCUACCUACAGUCUCUCAAGUUGCUGCCAUAUGGACUGAGGAUGAUGAUGAAUCAGCGGAUAGAAAUGUUCAUAUUCAAGUUUAUACUCACUCUAAUACCAGCCAUAGAAUCAAGCAUUACUAUGGCUAUUAUGAUCCUUUGCAAUACCCUAUUCUCUUUCCUCAAGGUGAAUGUGGAUGGCACCAUGGUGUUAAGAAACUUCGCAAGAGGAAGAGAAAUGCAAAUUCUUGUGAGGCUGAUUUCAACGUUGACCUUUCCUCUGUUGAUGACCCUUCACAUUUACUAGACUUGGAACGUAGAGCUGUUGAACAUGGAAAGAGUGAAGAGGACACUGUAUCGGCAAGAGAGUAUUAUUGUUAUAGGUUUCAAAUAAGAGAGAACGAUGAGUCGAUGUUGCUGCACUGUCUUAGACUUCUACAACAAUUUUCAGUUGAUUCCUAUGUGAAGAUAGAAACUUCUAGGCUGGAUUUUCAUAGACACCGACAAAAUGUGGUUAGAUCAGAAAUUCUUCAAGGGGUAUUGGACAGUGUUUCUCUAGGCCAGACUGAAGGUUCUAAAGUUGGACGUAGGAUAGUGCUACCUGCUUUCUUUAUUGGUGGUCCUAGAGACAUGAGGCGCCGCUAUCUCGAUGUAAUGGCACUCAUACAAAAGUACGGAAAACCAGAUAUUUUUCUUACCAUGACCUGCAAUCCGGCAUGGAAAGAAAUUCAGUGCAAUCUUAAGUAUCAUGAAAAGCCGCAGGAUAGGCCUGAUUUUCUAGCUAGAGUUUUUAGAGCUAAAUUCGAAAUGGUUAAGCAUGAACUCUUGAAUAAACAGAUUUUUGGUGAAGUGGCAGCCUGCGUGUAUGUCAUUGAAUUUCAAAAGCGGGGAUUUUCACAUGCUCAUUUGUUACUCAUUUUAAAGUCUCAAUUUAAGUUGCUCAAUCCGGAGUCUUAUGACAAGGUAGUCUGCACUGAAUUACCUGAUCGGCUUCAAUAUCCUCACCUCUACUCUCUUGUUGUAAAACAUAUGAUUCACGGUCCCUGUGGCGAUAUGGAUAAAAGUUACCCUUGUAUGAAAGAUGGUUCUUGUAAGAAUCACUAUCCAAAAAAUUUCUGCCCUCAUACAACCCAUGGUGAAGAUAGUUAUCCAUAUUAUAGGAGAAAGGAUGAUGGCAAAAAAGUGAAAGUUCGCAGAUUCACUCUUGAUAAUAGAUGGCUUGUGCCUUACAACCCUUAUCUUCUUGCUUUGUUCGAUUGCCACAUGAACGUGGAGAUUUGUUCUACCAUUAAAUUGGUCAAGUACUUGUAUAAAUAUGUGUUCAAGGGGCAUGAUCUGGUUUGCUUUAGGAUUAUGGCAGAUGAUAGUGCUACUGAUACUGAUGAGAUUAAAGAGUUCCAAAAAGGUCGAUACAUCUCGCCUCCAGAAGCAUUUUGGCUCAUCUAUGAGUUCCGUUUAAACGAGAUGACCCCAUCUGUCUAUACUCUCCAGGUUCACCUUCCAAAUCAGCAGCUUGUUUCUUUCCCGAAGAACUCAGACUUGCUGCAAUUGUUAGCUAAAGUAGAUUUUUCUAAAACCAUGCUGACUGAGUUUUUGAAAAUGAAUGCCUCCAACGCAACUGCUGAGAACCUUAAAUGCUUUUAUAAAGAUUUUCCUCAGCAUUUCGUUUGGUCUUCUAAGUAUAGACACUGGACAGAAAGAAAGCGUCGAAAGGUGAUAGGUAGACUCGUCAGUGUUAAUUCACGAGAGGGAGAGAGGUACUAUCUGAGGCUUCUCUUAAAUCAUAUUCCAGGACCGAUAUCAUUCGAUGAUCUCUUGACUGUUCAUGCUACAAAAAUGAAGUCGUUUAGGGAGGCUGCUUUGGCACUUGGAUUGCUGCAAUCUGAUACGUACAUAGAAGAAACGCUAGAGGAAGCUGUUACAUUUCAAAUGCCGUCUUCACUCAGAUUGUUAUUUGCAACUCUUCUGGUCUAUUGUUCUCCAAUUGAUCCCACAAUGUUAUGGAGAAAAUUUGAAUUGGACUUUUCUAGAGAUUAUGAACGGCAUAAACAAUAUCAUGCCUAUUCUCCCGCUCAAAUUAGGGGAUUGGUUCUAGCUGAUAUUAACAAAUCACUUCAGCAGAUGGGUACAUCCAUUGCUGCCUAUCAAUUGCCAUUAGAUGAGCUUCAAAAGUAUGCUUAUGACAUCAUCUUACAAGCGUGCUUUACUUCCCAAGGACAUUCAUUUUUUAUUGAUGGUCCUGGAGGUACUGGCAAAACCUUUUUAUACCGGUCGCUGCUUGCUACUUUGAGAUCGCAAGGUUAUAUAGCAACCUCUGGAAUUGUAGCAUCUAUCCUGCCUGGAGGAAGGAUUGUACACUCAAGGUUCAAGAUACCCAUUGAUUUCUCAAAGAACAGAGCCUGCCAGCUUAGCAAGCAAGGCAGUGUUGCAAGGCUGCUCUCGGAGUCAAAACUGAUCUUGUGGGAUAAGGCUUCCAUGGCAAAACGAGAAACUAUUGAGCCAAUUUUUUCAUGA